CGGCGCGAGGCGGAAGCGCCCCCUCCCGCUCCCCGCCGCUCGGCGCCGCCGUCCCGCUGGGCUCCGCCAUGUCGCCGCUGCGGGCGGUGCUGGCGCUGCUGGCCGCGCUGGCCGCCCCGGCCGCCGCCUACUUCGUGAGCAUCGACGCGCACGCCGAGGAGUGUUUCCUGGAGCGCGUGCCGUCCGGCACCAAGAUGGGGCUCAUCUUCGAGGUGGCCGAGGGGGGAUUCCUCGACAUCGACGUGGAGAUUACAGGGCCCGAUAAUAAAGGGAUUUAUAAAGGUGAUCGAGAGUCCAGUGGAAAAUACACAUUUGCUGCCCACAUGGAUGGAACUUACAAGUUUUGCUUUAGCAACAGGAUGUCCACCAUGACUCCCAAGAUAGUGAUGUUCACUAUUGAUAUUGGGGAAGCUCCAAAGGGGCAAGACAUGGAGACAGAAGCUCAUCAGAACAAGCUAGAAGAGAUGAUUAAUGAGUUAGCUGUGGCCAUGACAGCUGUAAAGCAUGAACAAGAAUAUAUGGAAGUUCGUGAGAGAAUACAUAGAGCAAUUAAUGACAACACAAACAGCAGAGUGGUCCUUUGGUCAUUCUUUGAAGCUCUUGUACUAGUUGCCAUGACACUGGGACAAAUCUACUAUCUGAAGAGGUUUUUUGAAGUCCGAAGAGUUGUUUAAGAAUGCUUCCCUGAUCCUGGAUUUCAGUUCACUGUCUACCAAACAACUUGGUCAAAAAAGUCAUUUAGUUUCUAAACCCUCUUUACUGAACUUUAAAACUUAUUUGCUUAUGUUCCUUCCUAGUUAAAAUGAAAUCUUUUUAUAUAUCUUCUGUAGCAAAAGCUGUGCUAAAAUCUCAUCACUUAAUUGGCAUAAUUUUUUCACUGAAAUCUGCCUAGUCUGUACGCUAAGCGAGGUCCAAGCAGGCUGCAAAUGCUGUAAUUCAACUGUAGUAAUAAGCAAUGUUGGUGUCUUUUUUUCUAUCUUUUUUUUUUCUGUUUCCAUAAGUUCUUGCAGUUCUAUCUAGGGAAACGGUACAAGGCCCUAAUGUGACUGUUGGUGUUUUUGACAUCUUUAGCUCUGCAGUAGAUGUUAUGAAAUCUAAAGAAUCUUUUCUUUGCCUACAUAAACUGCCAAGGAGAAACAAUUGGAACUCUAUUCUGGUAAUGAAUAGAAUAGAAGACAGCUGACAACUUCCAAUCUAGUAUGUGUACCUAGUUACUGUUUAAAACAACGUUCUUCAGUAACUAUCUUAAUUAUAUCAACUUGUUUCCUAAGUUCUUUUUAAAUUAAAUACUUGAUAUCAAAACACAUUCUCUCCUCUCAUUACCAAAUGUUCAUCAUGUGGUUUUCCGUUUUUCACGGGUUUAUAUCAAAGCCAAUUGUGUGCAGUGUUUUGGCAAACAGUAGUUAACCC